AUGAAAAUUGGACAAAUAGCAGAGCGAGGUAUUUGUGCUGAUUUCAGAGAAAUUAAAGCUUUUUCAAUUGAUGCAAUUAUGUCAACUAGUAGAAUCAAAUCAGAUCGACCGAAACUCCUAAUUGUAAUUCUCGUGAGGUACUCCAAUCUAGUACGACUAUUUCAUAGUCUUGUAAUUAAAAGACAGUUGCAAGGGUCUGAAGUGCAGACGCUGGGAACACAUUGGCGACAGCCUAAGGCAGGAGAUCAGACAGGCAGUUGCAAAACAAUCCGGAGUAGAUCUUAUGCUACUCUAGCACAAAGCGAUCUUCUGAAUUCUGAUAACAAUAUAGAACUGGAGUAUUACUUAUUAGGCUUAAAAACCUAUUAUUCGUCGUAUGGGAUUUAUCCAGAUGAGCGACCUUAUUUCAAACUUUACAAAAUAGUUACAUUUUCUACCUUAGCAAUAUUUUUUAUAAUUAUUGUAAUAGUGGUUUUGGAACGGGUCUGUCAUUUGCGGUUCCGCAAUCAUAUGAUGGUAGUACAAAGUAUAACAUUAGGUUUGUUUGAAUUUUAUAAAUAUGGCCAAUAUAAUUUCUUAGUCUUGCGCAAGCUGUGCUUCCACUCUGUGGUAUGGACUUUUGGUAGUUCAUGUUCUUUAGUGUACUAUGGCUUAUUAAUAUUGUGCUAUGCAAUACGAUGGCUGUUUACCAUCCAGUUUUGUAUUAGGCUUGGGCAUUUCAGGAACCUCAGUAGCUAUUUUUACGAAGUCAAGAAUACAACGCAAUAUUUAGGCCAGUGUGAUAUUUGCCUCAGAAUGGGUGUUGCGGUUUCAUCCGCCAAACGCGCUGUAAGAAAUUGGAAUGCAACGAAUCGGGCACUAAGAUACUUGGAAAAGACUGAAACUAAGAGGAAAGCAGAUCUGAGUGGGUUGAGAGUAGAGAAAAACUCAAACGGAUAUGAAAUGGCUUUGGUUGAAAGGGACGCUCAAUUGGAAGGGCGAGUCACCUCAUUUGAUAUAAUAAGUGAAAGAAUCAAGAAGUCUAUUCUACCAGAAGGAUUUGAUUAUGUUCCAAAAUCGAGUAGGAAAUUGCCUCAAAGGUUUGAAGGUGGUAGUCCGCUACCUCCCCCACACAUUGACUUUGGAUUCGCCAUCCCUGAAGUUAUUCCAAAGGGAAAAAUUACAAUGCAGCAGGCCAUAAAUAUGAUAAAGUCUUAUCAACUUAAGGAAAAGACUGUGCCGCAGCUUGCUGAUGAAUAUGAUCUUGAUGUAUCCAUGGUUUGUUUUCUUUCCCUGUCUUUAAACUCGUAG